GGCUCAUUCGUUGUCCGCUUUCAGACGACGGCGGUCCUGUCUACGCUAUAAAAAGAGAAGCAUCCAAAAAGAUGUGCAAAUUCACCAAUCGUCUGUUUGUCUUGUUCUUUCUGCAAUUUAUUGGCUUGGCCAUGGCAAAGCCAUCAAAAAUGCGUAGCUCUGCCAGCGAUUUGCUGGAGCUUUUGUACAACGAUUAUGGGGACUAUGGCUAUCAGCAAGAGGAGAUCCAUUAUGAUCAACGUCAGAAGGGCGAAGAAAAUCUGAAAUUACGUUUAGAUGGUUUCGUAAUUGGAAUGCCAUCGCAAGAUGAUUCCUCCUGGCUGGACAUACUUGCCGAUGAAUAUCUAACUAAUGCAUUCUCGAAGAAAACAGCUGCAGCAGACGCCGAGAAUUCUGUAGCGGACACAACCACAGCACAAGUAGUAAAUAUACCCGCUCCAAAAAAGGACAUCGAAAGCCGACAACACGCUAAUGAUGAAACCGCAAAUCCACCGCGAACGAAGACUCAUAUGCUUCAACUUUUGCAAAUGUUGCGACGCACACAGCCCUAAAAUAAAUUAUUAUUAUAAUUUCAAUUAUUAUGCAUACACAACAUUUACAAUAUAUACAAAUUUUAUCGAACCAAUCACAUACGGGACCUCAAUUAGUUUCAAAUUUAAAUUUGGCGCUUUCGAGGGCUGGCACAUAAUAUUUUGUUAACACUGUGCGCGAUAGAUAGUAACGAUAAAUGUGAAAUAUUAUCAAUACGCAUCACUUUGUCACGAUAGAUUCACGCACACAUAAAAUACUUGUACUGGUAUGGAAUAUCAGAUAACAAAUUCAUACAUUUUAAAAUACUCUAACAAUUUUGCAAAUCUAAGAUUACAAACAAGCAAUGAUUAAAUCAUUCACGACAUUUUAAAGGCAUAAAAUUUCUAAAACUGUCGUAGCAUUAUUUUAAAAUUAAAAAGAAUUGUUUUUAAUUUUACUGAUAAUAUUUACAGAUUUAAUUAGUAAUAUUUUAUAUGAUCAAAAUAACAGCACACAAGUUUAUUAUAAGAAAAAUCGAUGUAUUAAAAGAAUAUCGAUAUAUCGAUAAUACCAGCAAUGCUUCUUCACUUCAAUUGAGCCAGCUUUAAGCAUUACUUUUCAUUUUUUAACAAAAAUGUAUGUGUGCGUGCUACUAGAGUACAAAUAGAGCUAUUUCAGAGAAUGAUUUGCAGUAUUUUCGGACGAAGAGAAUAUUCAAGAACCUUCGUGUCCAUCAUUUAUCGACGAGCAGCUGCAGGUAUAAAAGCCGACGCUGCACCAACUGCGGUUCGUCAAUACAAAACGAAGAACGAAGAACAUCGAGUGCGACGCAAUUAAUUCCAUCACACAAAUAACAACAGAGAAUUCGUGUAACGAAAUAAAAUUGGUGUAACGAAAUAAAAUUACAAAUAAACAGUAGUUUUGAAAAGCAGUUUA